CGCUCGCAGCCCGGGGGGGCCCCUCGGCACCCCCCGCCCGCACCCCCCAUGCGCUGCCCGGCCCGGGGGGGCCCCCCCGCCACGUGAGGUGGGGGGCAGGGCCGCGUCCCCUUCGCCCCCCGCCGCCCCCCAGCCCAGCCAUGAUGUUCCGGGACCAGGUGGGCAUCGUGGCCGGCUGGUUCCGCGGCUGGAGCGAGUGCGAGCAGACGGUGGCACUGCUGGCGCUGCUCAAGCGCGUCACCCGCACCCAGGCGCGCUUCCUGCAGCUCUGCCUCGAGCACUCGCUGGCCGACUGCCCCGACAUCCACCUGCUCGAGGCCGAGGCCAACAGCGCCGCUGCCAUCUCGCAGUGGCCCCAGGAGCCCGCCGAGGCCGCCGUGGCCCUGCUCCUGGCCCACCUGCCGCUGCUGCAGCCGGGCAACGCGGCGGCCAAGGCCGAGUACAUGAAGCGGCUGCAGAAGGUGCUGGCGGACGCCAUCGAGAGCAAUCGCUGCGUGGAGGAGUCGCGGCAGCUGCUCUCCUACGCGCUCAUCCACCCGGCCACCACGGCCGACGACCGCAGCGCGCUGGCCCUGUGGCUCGGGCACCUGGAGGAGCGCCUGGCCCCGCCCGGGCCCCCCCAGCGCCGGCCCCCGGCCCACGAGUGGCCCCCGGAGCCCCCCGAGCCCGGGGGUGGCGGUGGUGGGGGGAGCAGCGCGGCCGGAGGGGGCGGCGGGGCGUGGGCAGAGCAGCACCCGGCGGGCACGGCCCCCCGGGAGAACGGACACCCCCCGUUCCAGGCGCCCGGAGCCCUGCCGUGCCAGCUCCACCCCAGCCCCCUGAAGCGCUCCCUGGCCCUGGUGCCCGGCAGCCCCCAGCCCCCCGGCCCUGGCGGGGACUGGGGGGGUCCCGAGGAGCCCCCCGCCGCCCCCCCAGCCCCCCGAGGGGCCCCCCCCGCGUUCGGGGAGCACGCGCCGCUGUCCCCCCAGAGCAGCGUGGCCUCGUCGGGCAGCGAGCACACCGAGGAGCCCGGCGGGAGGAACUCCUUCCAGGAGGACGGCAGCGGCAUGAAGGACGUGCCCUCGUGGCUCAAGAGCCUGCGGCUGCACAAGUACGCGGCGCUGUUCGCGCAGAUGAGCUACGAGGAGAUGAUGACGCUGACGGAGCGGCACCUGGAGUCACAGAACGUGACCAAGGGCGCCCGGCACAAAAUCGCGCUGAGCAUCCAGAAACUGCGGGAGCGGCAGAGCGUGCUCCGGGCGCUGGAGAAGGACAUCCUCGAGGGGGGCAACCUGUGGACGGCGCUGCAGGAGCUGCAGCAGAUCCUGGUCACCCCCAUCAAGGCCUUCCGGCCCCCCCCGGCCGCGCCCCCGCCCCCCGGGCCCGCCCCCGACGGGACCCCCGCCCCCCCCGACGGGACCCCCGCCCCCCCCGAGGCCUUCGCGCCCCCCCCCGAGGCCGAGCCCCCCGCGGCGGCCGUGCCGGACGGGGACAUCCCGGGGCAGUUCACGCGGGUCAUGGGCAAGGUGUGCACCCAGCUGCUGGUGUCGCGGCCGGACGAGGAGAACAUCACCACUUACCUCCAGCUGCUCGAGAAGUGCCUGAGCCACGAGGCGUUCACGGAGACGCAGAAGAAGCGGCUCCAGUCCUGGAAGCAGCAGGUGCUGAAGCUGCUCCGCGCCUUCCCCAAGAAGGGGCCCCUGGACGGCCCCCCCGGAUACCGGCCCCCAAAAAGCUGGGCCUUCGGCUCCAACUCGCUCCCCAUAGCUGGCUCUGUGGGGGGGGGCGGCGGGGGGGGGGGGUCCCGCCCCUUCGCGCUGCCCCCCCGGGCCCUGCCCCCCCCCGCCCGCCUGGGGCUGCUGGGACCCCCCGGGGGGGCGCCCAGAGCCCCCCUGGGAGCGCCCCCCGCCCCGCUGGGCGCGCAGGGACGGCAGAGCCUCUGGUUCGGGGCCGGGGGGGGCCCGGGGGGGUCCCCCGGGAGCCGCGGGGCCGUGCAGAGAACGCACUCGCUGCCCGUGCACAGCUCGGCGCUGCUCGCCUUCCCCCAGGUGUCCCCCAGUGCCUCCCAGUGCCCCCAGUACUGA